AUGGUCGAGGCUGCGGAUUCAACUAUAGAAGACCUCAACCCCGUUCAAUUGGACCUCAACGACCAUAGCAAAAAGGCCUUAUCAGCUGCAAACUCCGGGAACCAGAUGUUCAAGGAGCAGCUUGGCAAGAUCAUAGAAGUAUAUAUAGAUGACACGUUGGUCAAGUCCGUAAAGGCAGGGGACCAUAUCGAUCAUUUGAAGGAAGCUUUCGACAUACUAAGACGUUACAAGAUGAAACUAAACCCGGAGAAAUGCGCGUUUGACGUAGCCUUGGGAAAGUUCUUGGGGGUUUUUGGUGUCGCAACGGGGGAUCGAGGUCAACCCAGACCAAAUCAAAGCUAUCAAAAGGAUACUCUAGCUCUUGACUACCAAGAAGAAAGUCCAAAGGAUUACGGCCUCGAAUGGACUCCCAAGUGCAUCCAGGCUCUGCGAGAACUGAAGGCAUCCCUAUCAUUACCAACCCUACUUUCAAAACCCGAACCUGGGGAGCAGCUCCUCGUAUAUCUAGCUGUCUCUGAAGUAGCGGUAAGUGCAGUCCUGAUUCGUGAAAGCAAAGAUCGUAGUCAACCAAGUCAUAGGGACUUACCAAAUCAAGGAACAAAGGUUGAAAAAUACCAUACUGAGAUCUGCAAGCUACUACCUGAGUUCAACGAAUGCCAGCUCGACCAGAUCCCACGGGCACAGAAUGCUGAAGCAGAUGGCCUCGCCAAAUUGGCCUUAGCUACCAAAAGCAUCACGACGGGGACAAAAGCUUAG